AUGAACAGAGAUAAAAAAAAUAGAAAAAAAAAUAAUAAUAAUAAUAAUAAUAAUAAUAAUAAUAAUAAUAAUAAUAAUAAUAAUAAUAAUAAUAAUAAUAAUAAUAAUAAUAAUAAUAAUAAUAAUAAUAAUAAUUAUAAUUUGGAAAAGAACGAAAAUAAUGAAUUAGAGAAAAAGAAUUUAAAAUCAAUUAAAGAGAUUGCUAAAUUAUAUUGUAUAUCAACACUGAAAUUUAACAAUAAAGCAGAACUCAUUGAAAAGAUUAAAUCAAUAGUUAAAAGAAAAAGAGAAUAUGAAGAAGAACAAAAACAAAAAGAAAAUGUUAAUUCAUUUAAUAAAAUUAUUAAAUUAACAAUUACAGAUAAUAUUGAACCUACUGAAAUAUUAUUUUGGAAAUUAUUUAGAAAUAAAACAAUUUUUAAAACCAUAUUCUCAUUUAUGGAUAAACAAUUCACAUUUGAUUAUGAUUCAAUGUCAUCAAUAGCAAACCUUAUAGCCAAUAAUCAAUUUGGUAUAUUAAAAGAAAAAGUAUAUAGAAAUUGUAGAUAUUUAUAUUACAGUUUUGAUUAUGGUAAAGGUCCAGAUCCUACAUUAUUAGUGAAAUUAUUUUCAACAAUUAAAGAUGAUGAUUAUAGAUUCUAUAGAAACUUUUUAAAUAGUGAUAAUGGUUAUUAUAAUUCAUUUUCAACUAUAUCAACAGCAUUAAUUUUAUCAAAGAAUUUUGAAAUUUAUAAAUUAUAUAUAAAUGAAUUCGGUUAUGAACCAACAGUAUGUGAUCUUAUUUAUUCAAUUAAAAAUGGUUCAAAUAAAUUCAUUAAAUUUUUAUUAGAAUUAAAUCCACCAGAUCCAUCAUCUUCAUCAUCAUUAUCAUCAACAUCAUCAUCAAUUAUAGAAUCACUUUCAUCAGAUUAUGAAUAUUACAUUUUCAAAGCAACCAGAUCAAACUAUCCAAUUGAAAAAGAUAAUUUAUUUAAAGGAUUACUUUGCUUUUUAAAUAUCAAUGGUAAUGAUAGUUGUGAAGAUAAAAGAACUAAAAAAAGUAAAAAUAUUGGUAAUAGUAGUGGUUUAUGUAGUAAUUGUAGUGAUGGUUAUGAAAAGUGUCAUCACCAAAUAAUAAUAGAUUAUCUUAUUAAUUUCAUUAAAAAUAGAAAUAAUGAAGAUGGUCAUGAAAUUAAUGAAAAAUCAACAUUGAAAACAUUAAUCUCAAUUUGUAAAUUAAUAUUAAUAUUAAAGGAACCAAAUAACAAUGAAAUAGAAACUACGUUAAUAGAUAAAGAUUCAAAAAUAAAAAAAGAAAAAUUAAAACAAUCAUUUAAAACAGUUCCAACAAGUAUUCAAGAAAUUGAUAAUUUUAUUAUUGAAAAAAUAGAUAAACAAACAUUAAAAUCAAAAUUAGAUAAUCCAAUUAUUUAUAAUAAUAAUAAUAAUAAUAAUAAUAAUAAUAAUAAUAAUAAUAAUAAUAAUAAUAAUAAUAAUAAUAAUGAAAUUAAAAGUUUUAUAAAAAAGUUAUUAAAUUUAUAUUAUUCAACAUUUAAUUAUAUACCAAAGAUUUUAUAUUUUUGUUAUUAUUAUGGCAGUGAUAGCUAUGAUGGUGACAAAGCUGAUAUGCUACAUUACAAAGAAAUCACUGGUGAUAAUGAUAUGCGUCAUGUUGCUUUUAGAUUUGGUUAUUUUGAAUUGUUACAAUCAUUAGACUUAAUUCAUUACCAGCAAUUAUUACCAAAUGGAGGUAAUUAUACUUAUAGAUGUCAUCAUCAAUUGCUAGGCAAUGAAUAUAAAGAGAAUUAUAUAGUUUUAUUUUCAAAUUGUUUUAAUCAAGAGAAAAAGAUUAAAUUCAUUGAUCAAUUGAUUGAAAGAAAUACAAAAAAACCAGAAUUAAAUUUUCAAAAUCAUUUCUUCUAUAUGCUUGUAAUUCAUGGUGAUAUUGAAUUAUUAAAAUACUUUUCAAAUAAAGUUGGCACCACUAUAUCUGUUUAUAAAUCAUAUACUAGUUCAGUUACAGAUGAAAUUUUUCCACCAACCUAUUAUAUAGAAUCAAUAGAGAUGUUAGAUUAUUUAUUUAAUAAUCAUAGAGAUUAUUUUAUAUAUCCACGAUAUCCAAAUUAUUAUAGUACAUAUUAUAAAAGUUUACAAUUAUUACAACAUUUUGAAUCAUUAUUAAUUCAAUAUAAAUCAAACAAUCCAUCAAUCAAUGAAAAAGAUCCAAUUGGUUUUAUUAGACCUUCUUUAGAUUUUAGAAAAAACAAGAAUUAUCUUGAUUUUGUAAAUCACUUUGCAACAAGUUCACUUUACCAUAAUCAUAACCUGCAAUCCACUACUUUGAUAUAUAUACUCAUUAGCGAUGAAUCAUCAUAUAAACUAUCAUUCAACCCUGAAACAUUAAAAAAAUUAUUUACUUUAUCACAACAACAGCUUCAAAAACAACAACAACAACAUCAACAAAAUAAUAAUAAAACAAAACAAACACAAAAUCAUUCGUUUACGGUGUCAGAUCAACCUUAUUCAAUGAGAUUAUUAAAAUUUGUAGAUUGGAUAUUUAUAAAUUAUCAUCAUGAAUUACAAAAAGGUGAUAAAAAAUAUUAUUAUCAUUAUUAUUUUGCAAUCAAUAGAUAUGAUUUAGACAAUAACAACAAUAUCACCAACAACAGUACAAUCAAUUGUUAUUAUGAUAUUAAAAAUGAUACUAAACUUGAAAGAUUAUCAUCAUUAAUUGAUCUUGUUAACCAUCUCACUCCAUUUUUAUAUGAAGUUAAUAAUUUUAAAUUUUUAAAUUGGCUUUUAACAAAGAUUAAAAAUUAUCAUUAUUCAUCUAAAACAACAUCAACUCAAAAAUCAAAUAUUAGAGAAAUAGUUUUUGGAUUUAUGUCUAAUAAUAAAAUAAAAUCAAGAUUAAAAGUACUUGAAUACAUUCAUCAAAAUUAUGAUUUCAUUUUAAAAAACAAUUCGAAUGGUGGAAUAUUAACUUUUGCAGAGUUAGAAAGUUACUUGUUUUCAAAAAAAGAGGGUUCGAUUAAAGCUAAAAACUUUUUUCAUCAAUUUUUUAUAAUAAAAUGA